AAGGGAGAGACCUUCGCCGCCUGUGUGGUGGCUCCUGGCUUCCCUCCCCUGAGCCGGGAUCCCGAGCAGUGCAUCCCUUGCACGUGCAGCGGCCGAAGCUGUGGCGGCCGAUGCUGAGGCAGCGCUUUGCCAGGGCCGUCCUGAGCGGCAGGCUCCCUGGGGCCGAGGCAAGGGGACCACCCUGGUCGGUCCCCCCUCCCUGGCUCAGCCCCGGCCCUCCUUUGCAUUUCAGGGCCCUGCGGUGGCAGGCGAGGCAGUCGGAGAUGGCAGGGAACAGGGCAGUGCCGGGGGACAAAGUCCUGACUCUGGAGUCCAUGAACCCCCACAUCCGGAAGGUGGAGUACGCCGUGCGCGGACCCAUUGUUGCCCGGGCCAACCAGCUGCAGAAGGAGCUGAAGCAGGGGGUCAGGAAGCCCUUCACCGAAGUGAUUGCGGCCAACAUUGGGGAUGCUCAAGCUGUGGGGCAGAAACCCAUCGCUUUCUUGCGCCAGGUCAGCUCCCUCUGCAUGUAUCCUGACCUCCUGAAUUCCCCCGAUUUUCCUGAGGAUGUGAAGCAGAAAGCUCGGCGGCUGCUGGCUGCAUGUAGAGGGCAGAGCAUUGGGGCCUACAGUGCCAGUCCCGGGAUCGAACUCAUCCGCAAGGAUGUGGCCACCUUCAUUCAACGCCGAGAUGGGGGGAUUCCCUCUAACCCAGAGAACAUCUACCUCUCUACGGGUGCCAGCAACGCCAUUGUGACCAUCCUGAAGCUGCUGGUCUCAGGGGACGGGCGCUCCCAGACAGGCGUGAUGAUCCCCAUCCCGCAGUACCCACUCUACUCAGCGACCUUGGCAGACCUCAACAUGGUGCAGAUCAGCUACUACCUAGAUGAGAAGAACUGUUGGGCCCUGAACAUUGAGGAGCUGCGGAGGGCGCUGGUCCAGGCCCAGGAGCAUUGCCAGCCCCGCGUCCUCUGUGUCAUCAACCCGGGCAACCCCACCGGCCAGGUGCAAAGCCGCAAGUGCAUUGAGGAGGUCAUUCACUUUGCUUGGGAAGAGCGUCUCUUCCUCAUGGCCGAUGAGGUUUAUCAGGACAAUGUCUAUGCAGAGGGCUCCAAGUUCCACUCCUUUAAGAAGGUGCUUUUUGAGAUGGAUCCCAAAUAUUCGGAGAGGGUGGAGCUGGCCUCUUUCCACUCCAUUUCAAAGGGCUUCAUGGGCGAGUGUGGUUUCCGUGGAGGUUACAUGGAAGUGAUUAACAUGGAUCCAGAAGUCCAGCAACAGCUGACCAAGCUGGUCUCCGUCCAGCUGUGCCCACCAGUGACUGGCCAGAUUCUCCUUGAUGCCAUGGUCAACCAGCCACAGCCUGGAGACCCUUCCUACAAGCAGUUCAGCGAGGAAAAGGCUGCUGUUCUGGGCGCUCUGGCCAAGAAGGCCCAGCUGACACAGGAGAUCCUAAACCAGGCUCCUGGGAUCCAGUGCAACCCGGUGCAGGGGGCCAUGUAUGCCUUCCCCCGAAUUGAGCUGCCCCCUCGUGCUGUGCAGGAAGCUAAGGCGCAGGGCCAGGCUCCGGACAUGUUCUUCUGCCUCAGACUGCUGGAAGAGACAGGCAUCUGCGUGGUGCCUGGCAGUGGCUUUGGCCAGGAAGAAGGCACCUUUCAUUUCAGAAUGACCAUCUUGCCUCCCCAGGAGAAGCUGGAGAUCCUGUUGCAGAAGCUGAUCCAGUUCCAUGCCAAGUUCACCCGGGAAUAUUCCCAGGUCCAGCUGUAGUGUGAGACAGGAAGGCCGGCUGUAGAGAAGCUAGGGCAUUGCGGGGAGGACCACCAUCUAGUCUUUGUGCCACCUUCAGGGUUUAUGAGUGCCCCCAGCCCCGACCUUGUCCCACCUCCAUCUAUUAAAGAAAAGACAGGGGAAGGCUUGGAGCACAGACUGGGCGUCUGGGAAGGUUGCCAGCUAUGCCUGACCUGGAACGGCACACUUCAGGGGUCUUCGGAUGGGUGUCCCUACAAGCAAGACCUGGGCAGCUCUGGGCACCGGCUACCUUGAUCAAUUGGGGGUCAUCAAGCCAAGUUGCUGUCCCCCGGGAGUUGGCUUGCUGACUCCACCUUCACAGGCUCAGCCCUAGCCCAGAAGGCCGACCCUGCCUUGAAACUCAGGACCCCAGCACGGAUGUGCCUUUGUGCUCUCAGUCCCCCCCUGGGGCUGCUCUGCGCCUUUCGUGGACAUCGCAGCCGUGCCCGGUACAUGCCGGGUCAGGGAACGCUGCGAGCCAUUUCACCUGGGUAGGAACCCUCAGGACCAGUUUCCAGGCUGAGGAAGCCCUGAAGUCUUCUUCUGAAGCGAACUUCCUGCCUUGGAGGAAGAGAGGGCCAGUGCUCCCGCCACGUGUCUGUGAGUGUGAAAGGGGGCUGCAGACGAUCAAUAAAACCUACCUGAUAAA